AACGCUGUAUAUUCGAACAUGCUCCAUGCCCACGGCCACGGCCCGAAUGCGGCCUGAGUAUUAUACGGUCCGAGUUGCGCGUGCCCGAGUAGCGCACGACGAAGGAGCCGAGGUCUGAUUCCCGAGAACCUCAAAGGCUAAUGUGGACGAGACGGAAGCAUAUUCUGUUCCAAGCCCUCGACGUCACCGUCCAAUGACGUCCGAGUGCGAUUGUGUUGCUAACGCAGGCGCCACGAGCUCGUAUCAUUUCGAGCUCAGCAGCUCCGCCGAAACUCCGCUCAGCCCGCUCGCCGGGGGUACAGCCACUCAGCACCUGCUCGACCUGCGUCCUUGUUAUUCCAGCGCCUUGCACUACUUCUGAGGAGCAAUGUCCGACAACGAAAUGAACAUUGACGAAGUUGAGACCGGCGGAGGCGCGGUCAGGCGCAAGGGCAGAGGCUUCAAGACCACCUCAGGCGGGGACGAGGUCGUCAGCAGCAAAGACGUAACAUACGAUCGUGUGGAAUCGAAGGAGGGCACCGAUACCAGGGCCGCUCGAUCCGUGGAAGGGUGGAUUGUUCUCGUGACGGGCGUUCACGAAGAGGCGACGGAGGAGGACGUCAUGGACCGCUUCUCGGAGUAUGGGGAGAUCAAAAACUUGCAUCUCAACCUGGAUCGUCGGACGGGUUACGUGAAGGGAUACGCUCUCGUGGAGUAUGAAACUAUGGCCGAAGCUCAGGCCGCUAUUGACGGCGCCUCGGGCUCUCAGCUCUUGGAGCAGACUUUGCAGUGUGAUUACGCGUUCGUGCGUCCACCACCGACAGGACCGAAGAAAGGCAGGGCCCGCGGAAGGAGCGCGAGUCCGUCACGUCGUAGGAAAGAUUAGGCUGACUGCUAUGUAUCCCUUGCCUUGAUGUUGCUUUACGUCGUACAUCUGCAUCUGAAUCGCAUAUAUUCGCGCGGGCGCUUCGCUGGAGGCCGCGCUGCAC